AAAUGAAAUUGUUAAUGUUCUUGAUUGACGGGUUGGGUGAUGUUACGAUUCCACACGAUGGAAAGACGCCGUUGCAAAGAGCCAAUACACCUUGGUUGGACACACUUGCCAGAACAGGUGUCAAUGGACUUCUUGAUCCUGUUGAACCCGGAUUAGCGUGUGGAUCAGAUACAGCUCAUCUCUCCAUUCUUGGUUACGAUCCACGAAAGUAUUAUCGUGGAAGAGGUGCUUUUGAAAGUAUGGGAGCUGGACUUGACAUGAUUCCCGGUGAUAUUGCAUUCAAAUCGAAUUUCGCGUACAUGGAAAAUGGCAUGGUGGUGUUACGAAAAGUCGAUCGAGAUUUUGGAGUGUUCGCACGUGUCUUGUGUCAAGCUCUCGAUGGCGUGAAAUUGCCUUCGUUUCCUCAACAUGAAGUGGCUGUAAAACAUGCGAUUGAUCAUCGUUGUGGUGUUCGAGUCCGAGGUCCACAACUUACGGAUUCCAUCACAGGCACGGAUCCUUUAAAAGAUGGAAAACCAUUGGUCUAUUGUGAGCCUACAGUGGAUGAUGAAGCAUCGAAACUUACCAGCAAAUUGACCAAUGAACUCUCGGAGGUAUUUCAUGAGAUUUUAAUGAGCCAUCCUAUUAACCAAACGCGUAUUGAACAAGACACACAUCCUGCCAAUUGUGUACUCUUAAGAGGCUGUGGUAGCUGUAUUAAAGUGCCAAGCAUUGAAGAAUUACACGGGUUCAAGAGUUUCUUGAUCGCGCCUACAUGUAUUAUUGCAGGUAUUGGUAUGACAGUGGGUAUGGACUUGAUCCAUGUGGAGGGAGCCACGGGAGAUUAUCAGACGGAUUUCGGAGCCAAAGGUAGAGCCUGUGUACAACAUAUCCAGUCGGAAAAAUACACGUUUGGAUUCUGUCAUUUAAAAGCAGUGGAUGAUGCAGGUCAUGAUGGUGAUGUAGAUAAAAAGGUGUAUUAUCUGGAGAAAAUAGAUGCCAUGAUAGGUGAGAUUCUCACUGCCUUGCGCAAGGAUACGACCACUGAGUAUGCGGUGGUGGUGACGGGAGAUCAUACGACACCUACGUUAUACGGUGAUCAUAGUUGUGAGCCUGUACCCUUUUGUAUUAGUUCUGUAGGCGCUUCCCAUGCGGUAGUGGAUCAAGUCACGACAUUUGAUGAGAUUGCUGUGUCUAUGGGUAUGUUGGGAAGGUUUUGUGGAGAUCAAGUCAUGACGGUUGUCAAAUCCUUUAUGAAGCAACAGGCAUAA